CAUGGCUACCAGCAGGUCUAGAUCUGUACAAGACAGCUAUCACUUUACAGUGGUGUAUGAUGGAUGUUUAUCUGGGGACGACAAGACUGACUCCAUCAAAUUAUCCUACGAGUUUGUGGAAAAACUUAAAGGAAAAGCUAGAAAACAGGGCAUUAAUUGCUUUCUUCCACACCAGAUGAUAAAGGGGGGGCAAAUGGAAAUGAGAGAAAUUUAUUCUGCUGUGGAAAAUUCUGAUCAUGUCAUACUUGUUAUGACUGAGGGUUAUUUAGAAAAAAUGUGUGGUAAAAAAAGUUCAGAUAGCCAGAAUGAUCCAGAUUUGAUGUUGCAGCAAAUUCAUUAUAACAUAAUAGACCACAAAAUUUAUGCUAACACUGAUGGAAUUAUCGUAGUGCCUAUUUACCUGCAAACACGUAAGAAGGAAAUUUCCCUUGGUGCGUACAGAUCCAUACAGUUCAGAAAAAAAGAAGAUUGGGAAGAUGAAGAAAAUUGGGAGAAAAUCUGGAAUCUCAUUCCAAAAGAUCUACAGCCAUCAGUGUUGACUGGGUCUGCAGUAUCUUCUCAAGGGUCCAGUGAGCCAGAUGCUGGAGAGUCAGGUAACAGAAAAAAUGUGUCAUUUUUAGGACUAUAA